AUGCCUCCAUAUAGAAUGGACAGAAAGUCUGCUAGAAUAAAAGCAGAGUUACAAGGAUAUGGUUGGAGAGUUUCGAAGAAGUUUAAAUAUAGGAAGGGAAGACCCAUAAAAGUCUAUGACAAAUUGUCUGGUCUUCGCUACGAAAUGGAUUUGGAAACAGCACGUGCCAAUUAUCCAAACAGACUAGAGAGGUUAGAAGAAGAACGUCUUAUGGACAUGCCUUUCGAUGUGUUAAACAUUGCAUGA